AUGACCGAAUACGUUCGAUUAUUCGAACGAGGAUGCCUGUAUGCCCCAUUUAUCGCCAAGGACGUCGAAGAAAAGAAAAACCACUUCACAAGGGGACUACAACCCGAAAUCCGAAGGGAUAUCCGCAUGUCCGAUGCCACCACCUUUCGCCAGAUGGUGGACAAAGAACUAACGGCUGCCCAAGAUGAGAAUGAGAUUCAACAAGGGAAGCGGCCCCAACCACCCACACCACGACCUUGGAAGAAAGCCCACUUUGGGAAUCACAAAUUCAAAGGGAAGAAGGUCCAAAAUUCAAACCCUAAACCAGUAGCGCCAACGACCAAGCCAACUUGCUCGAACUGCGGAAAGGCACACUUUGGGAUCUGCGUAAAAGACAUCGAGUUAUGUUUUCGAUGCAGAAAGCCCGGCCAUAAAGCGAGAGACUGCCCCAACGCUCAAACUCGAGUCCCCGGCCGCGCUUUUGCCAUGACCCGGGAACAAGUACGUCAAGAUCCGACGAUGAUCGCAGAUACCGUUCUUAUUCUUGGGGAACCCAUGUAUGCUUUGAUUGAUUCUGAGGGAGAGAGGGCACAGCUUGCUAAACCCUAA